AUGCCGCGUGGCCUGGACAUCCCUGCAGACUCUAUGGCCCUUGUGCCCAGGGGGCCGGGCCGGCAGCUGCUGCAGGAAGUGCCUGGGAUGUUAGCCACGGACGGCACUGCUGGCUUCGACAGCCAGUCUGCCUUCAAGAGCCCGGACGUGAGGCGGCAGGCCCUCGAGCCGUGGUCAGCGCCGGCCCCGCCCUCCUCUGUUGCAGCGCGGGCCCCGGGCCGAGGCGGGGUGCCGCGCUUCCUGGAGCUGCUGGAGGAGAACGGGGGCGUCUUCCCACCCCCCGCCGAGCUGCUGGCCCUGGCGGGAAGGCUGUGCCGGGAGCUCCGCGAUGACGUCGCCCGCGUGGAGCCCCUGGUGGAGGCCGUGCUGGCGAGCCCGCUGCGCCUCUACCUGCUGGACAGCGAGGCCGUGGUCCUGGUGUGCGCGCUCGUCCUGGCCGGCCGGGAGCAGUACCAGGCGGCCUGCCGGCUGCUGGAGGGUUGCCGGGUGCCGGGAGGCAGCUGGGAGCUGACGGAGCUCUGGAACGACAUCCAGUACCAGCUGGCCAUGAGGAGGCUGGGCGCAGCCACGCUCACCCCCGUGCAGAAGUUUCGAUGCAGGAAGAGGAACCCGCCGCCGCCCUCGCUCUGUCCUGAGGGCCUCAAAAGCAGGAACUUCCCCAAGGACGUUCGCCAGAAGCUGCACGACUUCGCCUCCAGCGUGGGCACAUACCCCAGCAAGGCCCAGCGGGACACCUUGUCGUCGGAGACAAGCCUGUCAGCCGAGCAGGUGUACAACUGGUUUGCCAACUACCGUCGGAAGCGAAGAGCGCGUCUCCGGGGUGCCGGGCCUGCCCCAGCGACCACCAGCACCCAGGGGGAGGGUCCGGAGCCCCCUCGUCCCUCCGUGGACCCCUGUGCUGACCCUCAGCGUGUGGACAGGCCUCGGGGGCCAGGAGGCCGCAAGGAAGGGGAGCCUGCGUGGGCCCCAGAAGCCUCCCGGGGCCCGUGGGCACCGCUGGCCCCUUGCCCAGACCUUCACAGAGAUGAGAUGCGCUCAGAGCCAGCCGCUCCGAGGUGCCUGCAGGGUGGCGAGAUGUCCCGGGAGGUGCCUGACCGUGACUCUGCCCACUUCGUUCCUGUCUGCCCUGGCCCUGGCCUCUGCCCUCUGGCUGCCAGUGGCAAUGUGGUGGAUCCGUCCCCGGCCGCCCCAGGGUCGUGGCUGAUGUCACUCGCACUGGCGUCCUCCAGAGAAACCUAUUUCCAGACUGGGCAUCCCGCCCACAGCCAGGAGCUGCAGUUCACGGCGCGGGGCCCAGACGCUGCCAUGGCAGGUGGGUCUGCUCGGGGCAGAGCGUUGGUCCCCGCACCCGAGCCUGGCCCGGACCUCAUCUUGUUUGGGGGGCUGCAGAGCCUCCGUCUGUCUGCCCAGGUCUGGUCAAACCCGUGGAAGCUGGUGUUUACGAGCUUCACUCACCCGCCCAGGGGGCCGCUUCUGGAGGAAGGCCCUCGCACCAGUGAUGGGCACGUGAAGCUACAGGCAGGGAGCUUCCUGGUGACACAGACGCCACUGCCGCUUCAGGAAUUCAUCGUCCCCCAGAGCCCCCAAGAGCCGGCGCAGGCUGUGCCCUCCUUCCCCCACCCUGUGUCCACUGUGGAGCUGAGCCCGGCCCUGCCCUCCAGCCAGGUGCAGUGGGCUGAUGAUGGGCAGGCCUCUAACGAUGCCUUUUGGGGAGCACAGAUGCUGUUAGAGUUUUCGGGGGGCAGCCUGGCCUGA